AUGCGCCAACUAAGGCUUGUCAAGAACAUGAGGGCGCAAAGCGACGAGUGGUUCGCGGAUUACCUCCUAAGGGUAGGUAAUGGCACUGAGGAAACUGAUGAGGACGGAAACAUCCGGCUUCCGAAAGAUAUAUGCGUCUCGUCUACAGGUGACAACGCAGCUGAUAUAAAGAAGCUGAUCGACCAUGUGUUCCCUGCCCUAGACCACAACAUGGACAAUCCUAAUUACAUGACUUCUCGAGCUAUCCUCUCCACAAGGAAUGACAACGUCGAUGGAAUAAACAUGCACAUGAUUGAGCGUUUCCAGGGCGAGGAGAGGAUCUACUAUAGCUUCGAUAGUGCGGAGGACGAUCCACACGGCUACUAUCCUCAAGAGUUCCUGAAUGACCUAACUCCUAAUGGGCUUCCCCCGCAAGAGCUUAAACUGAAGAUAAAUUGCCCCGUUAUACUGUUGAGGAACCUUGACCCGGCUAACAGGCUAUGUAAUGGCACAAGGCUUGUGGUCCGUGGGUUCCAGAGUAACGCCAUCGACGCAGAGAUCGUCGUGGGGCAGCACGCAGGAGAGAGGGUGUUUCUUCCUCGGAUACCUUUAUGCCCAUCCGACAAUGACAUGUUUCCGUUCAGAUUCAAGAGGAAGCAGUUCCCCAUCAGGCUCAGCUUUGCCAUGACAAUCAACAAGGCACAAGGACAGACCAUCCCAACCGUAGGCGUGUACCUACCGGAGCCAGUGUUCUCUCAUGGCCAGCUCUACGUCGCCUUGUCCAGAGCCACCGCGAAAAGUAACAUCAAGAUCCUCGCCAUCAAGGAUGACGAGAAGGACAAAACCAAGAAUUCGAAGAAACGAAAAAGAACCGAGUCCUUAGUAACAAGCACAUUGAACAUAGUCUACAAGGAUGUCCUUAACACUUGA